CACCAAAGCUAAGGCCCAAAUAGCGAUUGCAUUAAACCCUAGAGGAAGACCCUUUUCUACAUUUCCUUGCGGCAGCUCCUCGAUUCUCCUCAUUCAUCACAGACGUCUUCCUCGUUCAGGUGAGAACGGUCAAAAUGAGCAAGGGGAGCGCCGGCGCCGUCAAGGGAGGGAAGAGGAAGGGAGUGACGUUCGUUAUCGACUGCUCCAAGCCGGUGGAAGACAAAAUCAUGGACAUCGCCUCGCUGGAGAAGUUCCUCCAGGAGCGCAUCAAGGUCGGCGGCAAGGCCGGAGCUCUUGGCGACUCCGUCACCGUCGUCCGCGAGAAGACGAAGAUCACCGUCACUUCCGAUUCCAACUUUUCCAAGAGGUAGUUUCCAUUCUUUCUCCGUAAUUAGGCUUUGCUAGGGUUAAGAAGUGUGUUCGUACACCACCUGUGAUCUCUAGCUAGUGCAUUUCUUCCAUUGUUUUGGAUAAUUUACUUUAUCAUACUCGAUUAGUCUUCUCUGUGUAGGUCAAACAGAUUGGCCUUUUACUAAUUUCAUAUUCAAAGUAAUAUGUGCCCAGUAACUCUCAGAAAAUUUUUUCAAAUAAAUAAUUUCUUAUUAU